AUGGAGUCGCUGCCCCCGGACGUGGUCUACACCGUGCUCCGCCUCGCGCAGCCCGCGGGGCUGCAGAUCGCGCGGCUCGCGUGCGUGUCGACGGGGUUUGCGCGGAUGGCGAAGGAGCAUCUCUGGAGGUGGCACUGCCGCGACCAACUCGCCUUCGACGCAUCCCCGAGCGACGCGCAACGCUCCGACUCCGAGACUGUACCUGAUGCUGCUGAUGCCAACGCCGUUGAUGACAAAGCCGCUGCUAACAGGGUCAGCGGUGAAGAUCCGAACUUUAGUCGCCAACUGCUGGAUCGCAUGCUGCGUAGCAUGGAGAACGAAGAAACUCUCAGCCUGGCGAAGCUCGUGAACGUGUGUCCGGGCGUGCGACCCGCGCUGCAGCGAGGCAGGGUGUACAAGGCGAUGAACUGCGGGUGCAGCGACCGCAGCGAGUGCGCGUGCUGGGAGCCUCUGGCCAGUCCGGAAGGCUAUUCCAGCGCGCCCCACAGCCACGGCCUCAGCAAGUUCGAGAUCAUGGCUGUCAACCGCACCGGCGCUCCAACGGGCCAUCUGUACGGCCUGCGACGCCUUGGGCAUGACGACUUGGCAGCGAGCAGCUCAGGGGUGGCGGAAGUGGAGGUGCAGAUUGGUGUUGCAGCCACGCACGAGCGCAUGGAGGGCAAUCACAGUGACCACGGCAGCGAGGACGAUGAGGAGGUGGAGGAGGAUAGGGAAGUGUUGGACGAGGUGUUGGAGAGGGUGGUGGAAGGGGUGGUGCAGGGGGUGAUGGGGGUGUUGCAGGAGGAAGAAGCUGCUGACAUCGCUGAGCCUGGCACUCCCACUAGCGGAGCAGAAGCAGCUGCACGCACCGUCCCUGCUGCUGCUGCCGGGCCAGCUGCGACACAUGAGCAUGUACAGGCAGUUGUGGUGGAGCCUGCUGCCCCUACCAGUGGUGCUACCUCGGCUGCAGCAGCAGACUCUGCCAGUCCGCUCACGGCAACAGCCGCUCCUCAUGGACAAAUCCAUUCCCUUGGGUGUGGCGUGUCUUGCCCUUACACCUCUCCCCCCGCCCCGCCUGCCUCUCCCUGCACGUUCCAUCCAGCCAAGGACGGCUCUGCUGCUGCCCCUCUCAGCACCAUGGUUGAUGCCCUGUCUCUGAACGCACAUGCAGCAGCACCACCAUGCUCUGCGUCUUCUGCACCUGCAAGCAACGCCACAGCUCCUGAGGAGUAA